AGUAGGAGCUAACCUGUACGUUGGUUGCCCUGGUUACAACGGAGAACUAUUGAUUUUGAUGUCCUGUCUCGUGGGUGUGGGGGCCCGCAUGCCGCACAACUAUUUGUCAGUCAAGCAUAAAAACAUCUGGUGGCUUCCAGCUGGCAUUCAGCCAAUGUGGAAGCUCUACUGGAAGCUGUUGAUAAAGGAUGUCAACAGAGUAACUUUCGCUGGCGAAGCCAUACGUAUAUCUGAAUGGCUGCUCCAAAGAAGACGACAGUUCUCAUCAUAGGUGCUGGCCUCAGUGGCUUGUCGGCUGCAAAACUGCUGACAGAGAAAGGCGUUGAAGUUGUCGUGCUAGAAGCCAGGGACCGCGUAGGCGGAAGGACGCAUACGGUCAAGAAUGAAAUAAUAGAAUGGGUGGACCUGGGUGGAUCUUACGUGGGGCCAACGCAGAACUACAUCCUGCGCCUCACCCAUGAGUUAGGCAUCGAGACAUACAAGGUGUUCUCAGAUCUUCACAGCAUUCAGUUCACUAAUGGCAAAGUUUAUGCUUACGACACAAUGUGGGCCCAUUUUGGCCUGUCUAACCCCCUGGCCUGGUUUGACAUCAACCACGUCAUGCACAAGAUGGAAAAGAUGAUGGAACAGAUCCCAGCUACAGAACCCUGGAACUGUCCAAAGGCCCAAGAGUGGGACGAAAUGACCCUGCGGUCCUUCUACGAGAAGGAAACUUGGACGCAGCAUGCGCUAGAAUUCCUGGUGGCCCUUUCGCAAGUGAACCUAGCCAGUGAGCCCGGUCAGGUAUCGCUACUGUGGGCACUAUGGUACAUAAAGUGUUGCGGCGGCAACAGGAGGAUUUCAAACACAGACAAUGGAGCGCAGGAACGGAAAUUUGAAAACGGCUCCAUGGAAGUGAGUGAGAAGCUAUGCCAGCUGCUUGGAGACAAAGUUCACCUCGAUUCCCAAGUCUGCGACAUGGUCCAGUCAGAAAAUGACGUCACUGUGACACUGACGGACGGCUCUGAGUACCUGGCAGAGUACGUCAUCAUGGCCAUCCCGUUGCCCGUCCAACUCAAAAUCCACUACGAGCCUCCGCUUCCACCUCUGCGCAACCAACUGAUACAGAGGACCCCCGUUGGAUGCGCAAUCAAAAUCAACAUCUACUACAAGAGUCCCUUUUGGAGGGAAAAAGGCUACAGCGGCACCGUAUCGUGCAGCGACGGUCAGUUGUCCUUCAAUAGCGUCAUCGAUGAUUGCAGGCCGGGGUUUCAGCUUGCUCCUCUCACAGUCUUUGUCAUCGGCGACAAUGCUCUGCGGCUUCAAGAGAUGAGCAAGGAAGCAAGGAUGAAAGUCAUAGCCAUGGACUUAGCCAGAGUCUUUGGAUGUGAAGAAGCCUGCUUUCCGAUCCACUACGAAGAGAAGAACUGGCUCAAAGAGCAGUACUCUGGAGGUUGCUAUGUGUCCACUUAUCCCACGGGCGUUAUGAGCAGAUAUGGAAGGACCAUCCGUGAGCCUUUCCUCAGGGUUUACUUCGCUGGAACAGAAACCGCAACCACUUGGCCGGGAUACAUGAACGGCGCCGUACAAGCUGGAGAACGAUCGGCUAGGGAGGUCCUACAUGCCAUGCAGUUGAUCUCAAAAAACGAGAUCUGGGUACCAGAACCAGAAUUUAAGGAGAUCCCUUCUGUGCCAUUUGAGCGAUCUUUCCUGGAGCGCCAUCCUCCGUCUGUGGGCUGCAUCCUGAGCCUGGGAACCCUGGCUCUCCUGGGAAUUGUUACCAGCGUCACUUAUUUCUGCCUCAAACGAAAUUCUCAUUUUACUUUCAGGUUUCGUUAAGAGGAUUAUUCCCUCUGAAACUGAAAAUAAAGCGCCACUAGUAAAGAAUG